ACUUCCUUUUCCUCCUGGAAAACACUUUGUGUUGUGUUCUACGUUUCACUCGAGUGUGCUGGUUUCCUGCACGGGUUGGGCUAUGAUGUGACGGUUAUGGUCAGGUUCAUUCUUUUGAUCAAGACAUGGCAGAACGAAUCAGAGCACAUAUGUAAGAAAUUGGAAAUCGAAAACGCUGUCCCGACUCGAAUAGAAGAGAUAGAGCCCAAGACCAAGACAAAAGCUGGACGAAUUCGUGUGCACUUUGCGAUAAAAGUGUGCGUGGAUACUUCGUAUAAUCUAUUCACGAACGAAGUAGACUGCGGCCAAUUCGGUAUUAACAUGCCGAUCCCUUUCUUCUACCCAUGUUCUACACCACCGGGUCACGUGGUUCGUUCAGAGGAGACUUGA